UCUCGCUCUUGUUAUUGUUUUGUGACUUUUGUGUCAGAGAAAUUUGCACCACUUUUUUCUAUCAAUCGGAAGGGAAUCUUUAUUACAUUUAGAAAGUAAUCAAGUUAUAAACUGCAGCUGACUUUCAAUGCAAUGCAAUGAUACUCUAGAGCAAAUCGACAUCGCUUGUAGAAAGGCUUAAAAAUUGCAUUCAUUUUUAAAGUCGCUAUGCAGGAGCCUCCAGCUUUACCGCCAGCGAUAAGGACCAAGCUGCACAGUUUGUUCAGCGAAAUCGAGAAAGAAUUUGAACUGCUCUACCUGGAAAACCUGCAAUUGCAAGGAAGAGCAUCAGGCUCUUGGGAUGCAGGUUCUUUGCAAGUGAGUGAAAAAGCCUCGGCCAUUGGGGACACAGCAGAGCUUGAUGGACUUCGGCAAAAGAAGCAAAAAGUGAGCCAACAAAGUUCCCUUCAGCGAGUCAAAGCUGCGACAAAGUUAAAGGCACAAACCAGCAAAAUAGUGUCAAGUUUCAAGGGUGCUCUGAUCACCACGUCCUUUGUCCGAGAGUUUCCUGGCCACAGAGAUGGUGUGUGGGAUGUUUCGUGUCCCCGAUCCGGCCAACCUUUUCUCGGCACUGCUUCAGCCGACCAUACUGCAGGUGUGUGGAACACAACCAGUGGUGCCUGCGUCCUCAAGUACACGGGUCACAGCGGGUCUGUCAACUCGAUUCGCUUUCAUCCUUCCAGGGACAUGGUUCUUACUGCAAGUGGUGACACAACUGCCCACAUUUGGCAGGCUGACAUGGGUCAUCAACCAUUAGUCGAGCCUGAUCCAGAAGACAAAGACAGUGUUGACGACAAGACUGAAGCACCUGCUCUGAGAACACCUCGGUUCGAGCUCAAGGGACAUACAAAUGUAGUCAUCGCUGCCGACUGGUUAUCGGCGGGCGACCAAGUCAUUACUGCGAGUUGGGAUAGAACUGCCAGCCUCUAUGAUGCCAACACCGGAGAGUCUUUGCAAUCUCUCACCGGUCACGACCAGGAACUUACUCACAUUCACGCUCAUCCCUCUCAACCACUGGUGGUGACCUCAUCUAAGGACUGCACGUUCCGUCUGUGGGACUUCCGUGAAAGUAUUCACUCAGUUUCUGUGUUCCAGGGACACACAGAGUCAGUUACAUGCGCCGUAUUCACCCACGAAGAUAAGGUGGUGUCCGGCAGUGACGACCGCACAGCCAAAGUAUGGGACCUUCGCAACAUGCGAUCUCCACUAGUUACAAUUAGGAAUGACUCAUCCGUCAACCGAGUUGCGGUUUCCUCAAGCGGCACAAUUGCAAUUCCUAGCGACAAUCGGCAGGUGCGCUUCUUUGACCUGGAGGGUCAGCGUUUGGGUCGGUUGGCGCGAUCAGGUAGGCAGGGGCAUCGACGCAUGGUUUGCUCAGUUGCUUGGGCCGACGAACCGGCCAUCAACUUCUACACGGCCGGUUUUGACAGAUUGGUGCUGGGCUGGUCGGUGCAGCCGUGCAAAGAUUUGGUCUCCCGAUAGUCAAACUUUGCAAACAAUAAAUCGGGGAAUGGUGCAAUUUUUGUAAAUUAUUAAAUCCCGUCGGUGUUUGUUGGUUUUCACAGGUCUGGCUGGUGUGAUUUGAUACUAUUGUGAAACGAGCAUUACAAGUCCAAUUUACGACAAGGAAUACAAUAAAAUUUGCAUUUCGCACUUAUUUUCUCUGAAAUGAAGCAACUCUCAAUAACUGGCUAAUAAAUCUCUUUUCUACACAAGUUAACACGCAAGCCUGCAACUUUUCACGCAAAUUUCAAGCCAUAAACUUAGACUUGCUUUCAAAUCGGUUAACGAGUGCAUUCUUAAUUCGAAUGAUUUAUCUCCGACUUAAAGUUAAUCGCAAGAACUUGCUCUUAUACAAUCAUUUCAUCGAUCAAUUGUAAAGAAAAAAAAUAGUUGCUCUGAUGAGAAAGCAGUCUGACAAGUUGUAGGUUGUACUUAUCUCUGCUAUUCUUCGGAGCAAUUGAAAUGCAAUUCACUGUCAGGGGUCUGCAUUCUUUCGUAUGGAUAAUUAAUAUUUACUCUGCUCAUUUGUCAACUUUUGGAAUUUCAAUUGCUUUCCUUCACCAGCCAGACUUCUUACGCUCACAAUUUAUUUGUUCCUAUAUCUCUGUUACCCGGCCUCACAUGUAUGUGUUCGGACAAGUUGAAUAAUAGUUGAAUGUUCGUUGAUGGAAGAUUUCGUGUUGAACUGUAGUUUAAAAAGUUGCAAAAAUAAUGUGCCAAUUUAAAAUCUUGGUUAUUUCAUCCAAAAAAAUUAUUCAAUGCUUACACCAUUACUUGUUCAGAUUGGGAUUUAGUGUAAUUGUUAUGCAAAUUUACUCUUGACUCUUCCGAGUGAGUAAAAGUUAAUAUAAAAAUCUUCUGCUAGGAAAAUCCUAUACUAUUUAAAAGCACCGUAAAAAUAAUUUAUCGCUAUAGAUGAAUAUACCAUAAGCAAUGGAUGUACUAUUACAUUGUUAAAAGUCACACCAGAGACUGCACUCAACUUUGUCGCCCCUCCUAAGGUCACACUUCUUGAAUAAUUCCGACUGAUAAUGUAUUCAUGCCACACAAUUAACUCUUAUCAAUAUUUGGAUAUUCCUGCACGGUUAAACUCGCAUGUCAGCUUCGGUCUCACUCUAGCGCAUAUAUUGUGAUAUCCCCAAAAAGACGUGCAAAAUCGAAAGUAAACUUAACACUGUUGAUGAUGUAUUUUAACACCUGUAUUAUUAAGUGUUAAUGGCAGCAAAGCUCAUAUUAUAAAAUUGUCACUCUGGUUGGCGUUAAAACUUUGCGUGCUGUCAAAAGAUAAAAGUAUUCAUUCAAUAAAUAUUGAGCCGAACAAAAGUGAACUCGUCAUUU